AUGUCUGAAUCGCUCGUACCUGAAACCCGGGUACUGGCAGUCGCCAGCCAUGUGGUCUACGGCAAUGUGGGCAAUACAAUGGCCGAGUUUGUCAUGCAGUCAAUGGGCUGUGACGUGGCUGCCUUGAAUACUGUGCAUUUCAGCAACCACCUUGGAUAUCGGCAAUUCAAGGGCACUCGCGCCACCGCACAGGAAAUUACAGAUUUAUACCAGGGUCUCUGUCAGAGUAAUCUCACUGACUUUGACGUGAUGCUGUCUGGAUAUGCCCCAAGUGCAGCUGCCGUGGAAGCCGUCGGCGCAAUUGGAAUCGAUCUCAAGAAAAAGGCUCAGCAUAAGCCUGGGUCUUUUUUCUGGGUAUUGGACCCGGUAAUGGGAGACCAAGGUCGACUCUAUGUCAAUGACGAUGUUGUACCGGCCUACAAAAGCACCAUUCAUCAUGCAGAUUUGAUUCUACCUAAUCAAUUCGAAGCCGAGGUCCUCUCUGGUGUCAAAAUCACCUCUCUAGCGACAUUAGCCGAAGCCAUCACCGCCAUUCACCGCAUUUAUUCCGUUCCUCACGUCAUAAUCACUUCAGUACAACUAUUCAAGUUGUCCCAGUCAGGCUCCACUCCGAACCCACCAGAUAACUAUCUAACCGUGAUCGGCUCCACGACCCGAUCUGAUGGAUCUCCACGUCUCUUCCGCAUUGAUGUCCCCGCACUAGACUGCUUCUUCAGUGGCACAGGCGACAUGUUCGCUGCAUUGACCGUCGCCCGACUCCGGGAAGCCGUCGACGCCGCCAGCCCAGACCUACGACACACCGCUUCUUGGGUUUCGCCAGAUGACGUGAUACCUAGUAAUCUCCCACUAGCACAAGCUACUCUCAAGGUCCUCUCCAGUAUGCACAGUGUUCUGGAGCGGACGAUGGAAGCCCGGGAUGCAGAACUUGCGGUUGCUUUCACUCAGAACGGGGGAUUGACACCUGAAGAGCAGCAGAAGCAAGAUCACCUGCGCCGCACCAAGGCAGCAGAGGUUCGUUUGGUGCGAAACGCACGUUUCCUGCGGGAUCCACUGGUUCAGUUUGGUGUGCAGGAGUGGCGCAAGGAGGAUAUGCCCACUCCUUUCCAAUAA